AUGCGAUCCGGACGACCAACAACGUCAACUAAUCAACAACACGUCAAGGAAAUAAAAGAUCUUGCGCUAAAAAACCGUCGAUUGGCAAUUAGAGACCUUGUUGAUAUUGCUAGCAUUUCAUUUGGGUCGAUCCAAACCAUUUUAAAAGAUCAUUUGGGUCUCAGACGUUGUGCAUCUCGAUUAGUGCCAAAAACAUUGAAUUUCAUCGAAAAAGAGCGUCGUGUUAAUGUGUGUCAAGAAAUGCUUUCUGACUAUCAAUCGUGCAUAAAACGGAUCAUUACGGGAGAUGAGACUUGGAUCUAUGCAUACGGCCCAGAAACAGCCGAACAGUGCGCCGAAUAUAGUUUGAAAGGUGAAGCCAAACCAAAAAAAUCUCGUCAAAGUCGGUCAAAAAUCAAGGUUAUGUUAAGAAUUUCUUCCAAGGGGCCAAACUGUCAACAAAGAAUAUUAUCUGAGUCUUAUGCGUCGUUUGCGUGA